AUGUCGGAAAUUGAAGUUGCGAAGUGUGUUGGUUUUGCACAUCGAAAGACAUUUCUUUUUUUUUCUUUCUUUCUUUCUUUCUUUCUUUCUAUUUUCCUUAAUAUUUCUUUUCUUUCUUUCUUUCUUUCUUUUCUUUUCUCUUUUAUUCAUAUUUCUUUUUUUUUCAUUUUUUCUUUCUUUUCCAUUUCUCUUCUGUUCAAAAAUCUUUCUUUCUUUCUUUCUUUCUUUCUUUCUUUCUUUCUUUCUUUCUUUUCUCUUUUUAUUCAUAUUUCUCUUUUUUAUUCAUUUUUCUUUCUUUUCCAACCCUCUCCUGUUCAAAAUCUUUCUUUCUUUCUUUCUUUCUUUCUUUCUUUCUUUCUUUUCUUUCUCUUUUUAUUCAUAUUUCUCUUUUUUAUUCAUUUUUCUUUCUUUUGUCAGGCCCUCUCAUGUUCAAAAUCUUUCUUUCUUUCUUUCUUUCUUUCUUUUUUCUCGAUUCAUUUUUCUUUCUUUUUUUCUCCCUCUUCUGAGGAAAAGUUCUUUCUUUCUUUUUCUUUCUUUCUUUCUUUCUUUUUUUUUUUUUCUCUUUUUAUUUUUUUUCUUUUUUUUUAUUCAUUUUCACCCUCUCUUGUUCAAAAUCUUUCUUUCUUUUUUCUUUUCUUUCUUUCUUUUUUUCUUUUUUUUUCUUUUAUUUUUCUUUCUCUUUUAUUCAUUUUUUCUUUUCAUUUUUCUUUUUCUUCUUUCUUUCUUUUUUUCUUUCUUUUCUUUCUUUCUUUUUUCUUUUUAUUCAUUUCUCUUUUUUCUUUCAUUUUUCUUUUUUUCUUUUUUUAUUUUUCUUUCUUUCUCUUUUCUUUCUUCAUUUUCUUUUUUUCAUUUUUUUUUUCCUUUGUUUUUUCUUUUCUUUCUUUCUUUCAUUCUUUUCUCUUUUAUUCAUUUUCUCUUUUUUUUCUCUUUUUUCUUUCUUUGUUUUUCUUUCUUUUUCAAUUUCUUUCUUUCUUUUUUCUUUCUUUUUUUCUUUCUUUUCUUUCUUUUCUCUUUUUAUUCAAUUUCUUUCUUUUAGUUUCAUUUUUCCUUUUCUUUUCCUUUCUUUCCUUUCUUUUCUUUUUUCUUUCUUUCUUUCUUUUUCUUUUGUUUUAUUUCUCUUUUUUUUUUUUUUUUCUUUCUUUUCCUUCCUUUUGUUCAAAUUCUUUUCUUUCUUUUUUCUUUCUUUUCCUUUCUUUCUUUCUUUCUUUUCUUUCUUUUCUUUCUUUCUCUUUUUAUUCAUUUUUUUUCUUUCCUUUUUUUUCUUUUUUUUUCUUUUCUGAAUCUUUUUUAUUCAUAUUUCUCUUUUUUUUCUUUUUUCUUUUCUUUUCUUUCUUUCUUUCUUUCAAAAUUUUCCCUCUCCUUUUUCAAAAUCUUUCUUUCUUUCUUUCUUUCUUUUUUCUUUUUUCUUUUUAUUCUUUCUUUUUUUAUUUUUGUUUUAUUUCAUUUUUCUUUUCCAACCCUUCCUUUUCUUUCUUUCUUUUUUCUUUUCUUUUUUAUUCUUUCUUUCUUUCUUUCUUUUUUAUUUCUUUUUUCUUUCUUUCUUUCUGUUUUAUUUCAUUUUUUCUUUCCUUUCUCUUUUUUUCAUUUUUCUCUUUUUAUUUCAUUUUUCUUUUUUUUCAUACCCUUUCCUUUCUUUUCUUUCUUUUCUUUCUUUCUUUCUUUCUUUCUUUUUCUUUUUUUCUUUCUGUUUUUUUAUUUUUUUUUCUUGCCUUUUUCCUUCCCUCCUCUUCAAAAUCUUCUCAUUUUUUUUUUUUUUUUUUUUAUUUCUCUUUUCUUUCUUUUUUUUUCUUUUUUAUUUAUUUUCUUUCUUUUUUCUUUCUUUUAUUUCUUUUUUUUAUUUCUCAUUUUCUUUCUUUUUUUUUAUUCAUUUUUUCAUUUUUUUCAUUUUUUCUUUUUUUUCAAUUUUCCUUUCUUUUCUUUCUUUCUUUCUUUUCUUUUCUUUCUUUUUUUUCUUUUUCUUUCUUUUUUCUUUUUUUCUUUUCUCUUUUUAUUCAUUUUUUUCUUUCAUUCUUUCUACUUUCUUUUUCUUUCUUUUUUUCUUUCUUUCUUUUUUCUUUCUUUCUUUUCUCUUUUAUUUUUUUCUUUCCUUUCCUCUUUCUUCCUUUUUCUUUCUUUUUUUCUUUCUUUCUCUUUUUAUUCAUAUUUUCUUUUUUAUUCAUUUUUUUUCUUUUUUUCUUUCUUUUCUUUCUUUUUCUUUCUUUCUUUCUUUCUUUCUUUUUUCUUUUUUCAUUUUUUCUUUCUUUCCUUCCUUUUUCUUUUCAUUUCAAAACUUUCUUUUUCCUAUUCUUUAUUUUCUUUCUUUCUUUCUUUUUUCUUUUUCUUUUAUUUUCUUUCUUUCUUUUUUUUAUUUUUGUUUCUUUUCAUUUUUCCUUUCCUUGCCUCUGUUUCUUUCUUUCUUUUUUUUUUUUUUAUUCAUAUUUCUCUUUUUAUUCAUUUUUCUUUUUUUUCUUUUCUUUCUUUCUUUCUUUCUUUCUUUUCUUUUUUUUCUUUUUUUAUUUUU